AUGUCGUUAUUUCGCCCCCGUAGUUCUUUGAAAUUAUACAAGGCAGCAACAAGCUUUCCAACGGCCGUCGCCCCAGCCACUUCACGAUGCAUUUCUCAGAUUACUUCCUGGUGGUCGAAGCCUGGCUCAGAAUCAGACUUUGCAGACAGAAUACAGUCUACUGAGGACAAAUCAUCAUUAGUGUCCCAAGAGAGUACACCGGAUCCCUUCGCAACGCACCAACCAGACUAUUCAGCUCGUAUCGAUCACGGCACUUCGACCUUCUCGCCGGUUCCAAAACGAGUCAUGGACGGCAGUGAGCCUGAAGAAAAUGUCGCAGCUGCUGUUCUCUCCGGUGCUCCGGUUGAUCUACAAGCUCGCCAGGUUAGAAUAUAUCGACCAGCAAAGACAGCUACUCAGUCAGGGACAUGGCAUAGCCAUCAUUGGAGAAUGGACUGGGAUAUCCUGCAGAAAGGUCAUCGAUGGGAGAAUCCCUUGAUGGGGUGGCAAUCCACUGGAGAUUCGUUGCAGGGCACACAUCUCAACUUCAAGACGAAGGAAGAUGCAAUACUGUUUGCACAGAAGCAGGGAUACGAGUACUUCGUACAAGAGCCAAAUGAGAGGAGGAUUGUCCCGAAAGCUUACGCUAACAACUUUCUACAUGAGCCGAAGCCGCUGAAGCACAUCAAGACGAAAUAA